GUCUGGAAACAGCAUGUACACACCCAUCCCCCAGAGUAGUUCUCCAUUCUCGACAUCAGUGCAGGAGCCCGGCCUGUACGUAUGGCGGGUGGAGAAGAUGAAGCCGGUGCCCGUGGCCCCCGAGAACCAGGGCGUGUUCUUCUCGGGGGACUCCUACCUGGUGCUGUACAACGGCACGGAGGAGUUCUCCCACCUGCACCUGUGGAUAGGCCAGCAGUCCUCGCGGGAUGAGCAGGGAGCCUGCGCCAUGCUGGCCGUGCACCUCAACACCCUGCUGGGGGAGCGGCCUGUGCAGCACCGCGAGGUGCAGGGCAACGAGUCCGACCUCUUCAUGAGCUACUUCCCGAGGGGCCUCAAGUACCAGGAAGGUGGCGUGGAGUCGGCAUUUCACAAGAUCUCCGCAGAGGCCGCCCCAGAGGCCAUCAGGAAGCUGUACCAGGUGAAGGGGAAGAAGAAUAUCCGCGCCACCGAGCGGGCGCUGAGCUGGGACAGCUUCAACACCGGGGACUGCUUCAUCCUGGACCUGGGCCAGAACAUCUUCACCUGGUGCGGGGGGAAGUCCAACAUCCUGGAGCGCAACAAGGCGCGGGACCUGGCCUUGGCCAUCCGGGACAGCGAGCGGCAGGGCAAGGCCCAGGUGGAGAUCGUCAGCGAUGGGGAGGAGCCUGCCGAGAUGAUCCAGGUCCUGGGCCCCAAGCCUGCUCUGAAGGAGGGCAACCCUGAGGAAGACCUCACAGCUGACCAGACGAAUGCCCACGCUGCGGCUCUGUAUAAGGUGGGCGUCCGGGGCCUGCCCUGGCACCGGGCAGGGUCUGAAACCUCUCCUUCCUGUGGUCCAGGGCGAAAAGCUAAUGAGAAGGAGCGGCAGGCGGCCCUCCAAGUGGCCGAGGGCUUCAUCUCCCGCAUGCGGUACGCCCCAAACACGCAGGUGGAGAUCCUGCCCCAGGGCCGUGAAAGUCUCAUCUUCAAGCAAUUCUUCAAGAACUGGAAGUGAGAGGGCCGGCUCGCUGCGCACCCCCCUGCCUGCUUGUUCUUCCUCCUGCUGCCUGGUCAGUGCCGAGGUGCCCUGCAGAUGUUCAAUAAAGGAGACAAGUGCUUUCCCCGC